AUGGCGACAGGAAGAUGGAUUGCUGCUGUUCGACUUGGCCCAGAAGAUGGUCGUAAAGAACAACGUCGCGACAAAAUGGAGGUGUUUACAACGGAAUCAAUCGUAUAUGAUACAGCACAUCUUUACGCUCCUCUCUCUGACUGCUCAUGGAAAUCGCACCUUGAUCGUGACAAAAGGAGAGCGAAGGAGUUCAGUGGGGAGGAAGAGACCUUAGUCAUUAUCAAGAGGCUGGGAGAGGUGGGGGGUCGUAGGCGUCCUGAUAAGGAUGCUCCAAUUGCUCCACUCAAUAACUUGUUUAGUUUUGUUUCUUCUUAUUGGAUAUCUCCAACGGCACCCUUUGUUGUAGUCCUUCAGCCAGGUCUUCGGAGGAGGGCAGCUCAUUCCAGUUUCCACAGAGGCUAUCAGUUCCUAUCUUGGAGGAGCAUGUCGUUGCUUCAAUAA